AUGCGCCAUUCGAUACAGUCGUACAUCGCUGCUGAAGACCUCGACGAGCCGGCCAAGCCCAAGUUCUUCUCCCGCGCGACGCUCAUGAAGGUUGUCUACUUCCUCUCCGACGUCGUGUACUCGCUCGCGCUCCUUGGCUGCGGCGUCCUUCGCGCGAACGGUAUCUCGUCGAUGUACCUCUUCGGGUGGGUCCUUGGCACCAUGUACACGUUCAAAUCGCGUGUCUUGAGCGUCUUUACGCUCCUCGUGUCGGCCUGCGCGAUCGCCGGCCACAUCUACGCGGCGGUCUCCUUUACAAAGACAUCGUCGCCGCAUAUCCUCUUUGGUCUCUUUGGCUUUGCGUUCCGCGACGACGCGUGGGACAUAACGCUCAACGCAGGCCCGGACGUGCUCAUGUUUCUCAUCAGCAUCCUCCAAGUGUACGUUGUCCAAAAGCAGAUUCGCACGGCGCUCCCCGUGGCCACGCUGCAAGCGGCGGCGGCAAGCGUCCGCGGCGACGACGGCAUGAGCACCCAGGACGCCCGCUCCAACGUCCGGUGGCGCGAGAACGUCCUUGGCGCGAGUGAGUUUUUCGUGUUUGCUGCGCUCUUUGUCGCGGCCUUUGCGACGACGGGUUUUGUAAGCUUUGUCUACUACCUCUUCUUGCUGCAGCGCCUUGCAGCCUGGACGCUCUUCCCAAAAGCGCUGAGCCUCCAGGAACUCGAAGACGGCGCGUCGCACUACCGGCCAUUUUUCGGCGCCAAGACGAUCCGCCUCCUGCUUGCGUACUCGAUCCUUGUGAUUGCGAUCUGUCAAGCGUACCAGUUUCCAGAUGUGCACAACUCGAGUAUUGGACCCGAUCUGGGCAACUACACUGGUCUCUUUGUCAUGCCUGGGACAUCCGCCGACUGGUCGGGGUACGUCUUUUAUGCGACGCAGUGUGUCCUCUUCAUCGCGGUCGCACGGACGCUGCCUAACUAUGCGAAAUGGCAAGCGGCGCGCAACGCUUUGCCCCAGACAAACGAAGCGUCGUCGCCGAGCCACCGGUCGAGCUCGCACGCGUCGUUCUACUCGGCGCACGAGUCCCCUCUCGACUCAGCAACGUCGAAUCGUCCAGUCCAAGAGCUCCUCUCGCACGAGCCAUUCUUUGUGCGCCUCUUCCUCGAAGAGCGUGGGAUUCUCUGGGCGACGCUCGCCGCCAUCUUUUGGAGCGUGUCGUAUCCGUCCUACAUGAACGCGGGUCUCUUGGCGAUUGCGCUUGUGCUCCUCGCCACGUUCGGCCUCGUCUUGCCGCGGAAGCUCCUCGUCUUUCUCAAUGUGUACGCGUUUGGCGUCUCGAUCGCAACGGUUGUCUUCUUGCUGCCAUUGGACUGGACAUCGAAGCUCACGACGCUCUCCAAUUUGCACAUGAUUCAGAUCGGCAUUGCCACGAGCGAGUUUCCGCUUCUGGACUUGUCCGUGCAGCACCUCUGUGUGCUCGUCAUUUGUUGUUGCGUCCGUGUGCGCCUCCAGUAUCAGUACAUUGUCAAGGAAGUCCGCGUCGAGCGAGAACUGCACGACCUCCAGCACGCGCCGUCGGUGUACGACGACAUGAUGGCGUCCGGGACGCAGACCCCGGGUCAUGCGAUUCCCGUGCACGAAAACCUCCAGCUCCACCGCAUGCGGUCGGUCGAAGUCACAAAGCUCUGGAUCAAGGAUGCGCAGAGCAUCUUCAUCGCGUCGCUUGACAUGACGGUGCUCUUUACCAUCUUUGUGACGGUCCUGAGUACGUCCGUGACGAUCCUCCAGACAGGCUACUUGGCGCUCGCGACGUUUCUCUCGGUCUUUCAGCGCUUCCGGCGCCAACUCUGGCGCGCGCUGCUCGUAUACGCGCUCGUCGUGUGCCUCGCCAUGUACAGCUGGAACGUCGUGUGUCCCCAGAGCGUGGACAAGACCCGGUUUGACACGAUUGGCCUCACGUGCUUCAGGACGUACCCGCGCAGCAACUGGGCCGCGCUGUGGCCGACGCUCUUCUCGGCGCAGCUCUUCCUCAUCUUCCAGGUCGUGCUCCAGCUCUGCAUUUACCUGCGCACGGACAAUGGCGCGGACGAGCGCGCGCGCAUGCUUGCACAGGCCAACCGUCGUCCAAUCUACUUUGUGUCGCGCCUCGCGCGCGAAGUCGACCACAUUUUUCGCGUCCUCGGCAUCGCCGUGGCGUACAUUGGCUUUGUCGUUGUCGCCUUCGUGUACGAGGUCAACGAUGCCGGUCACUUCACGCUCGUGGGCUUGAUCCAAGUGCUCUUGCUGUUUACGCUUCUCGGGUCGCACCUCUCGACGGUCGUGCAGUGUCCGCGCGGCAACUCGCUCAAGACGCAGCGGCAGUGGCGCCUCGUGCUCGCAUACGAGGCGUUCGUGCUUGUCACGCGGUACCUCUACCAGUUCCAGGGCAUCGCGUCGUGGGUCCAAGGCCAGUGGCCCGACAGCGCGAGCCGCGUCAUUUCGAUCCGAGACGUGGGGUACGUCCAGUACGCGUCGACGGAGCGCCUCUCGGGGCUCUUCAUGUACCUCUUCCCGACCGCCUGCCUCGCGGGCCUUGUGACAUGGAACCUGGCGUCGAUGCGCAAGAAGCUGCACAACUAUGACGUGCUCGUGCGCGGUCGCAGCAACUGGAUGGACAGCUUUUGCACGUUCCUCGAGCUCUGCCAGCGCAUGGUCUACUUCAACAGCCCGAUCGUGCUCCUUGUCGUCAACAUGGCGAUCGUCUGUAGCAACAUUUCGGCGUUCAACAUCACGUACCUUGGCGUGCUCAUUGUUACGCUCGGCCGGCCGCAGUGGACGCACUGCUGGAAGCCCAUCUUUUGGCUCUCGUCAGUCUUUACGCUGUGCCUCUACGCGUUCCAGUUUGAAGCGUUCCAGCCCGCCAAGCUCGAGGUGUUUGUCGGUGGGCAUGCUGCCGACGCAUUUGAGCACAGCGCCGUCUGGUUUGGUCUUGCGCGCAUUGCGACAAGCGCGACGAACCGCACGGUCACGGAAUCGAUCACGGCGGCGGCCGCGUCGUCCGACUCGUGGAACGCCGGCGACGCCACGUAUCCGUCCAUGUGGGCGCUCACGGGCGAGCACAUGCUCGUGCUGCUGCUCUGCAUCAUUACGCGCGUGUCGCACUUUUGGGAUCCGCUCAAGGACGUGCCGGCGCCGGCCGUGAAGCGCCAGUCGUCGCUCGCGUCCGAGCCGUGGGCACCCGUGGGCAUGGCGGAUGAGACGCCGUUUCUCGAGUCGCUGCAGUCGUUCCUUGUGCGCUUUACAAGCGAGGGCUCGGUCAUUCUGACGAUGCUUCUCCUCCUUGUCUCGUCGUUCAUCCACCGCAACAUCAUCUCGGUCGUGUACAUGCUGGUCGUCCGCGCGAUCAUGGUCGCGUCGCCGCUGACCGUGUGCAUUCGCUGGUACCUCAUCGCGGGCCUCGUCGUCUUUGUGUGCGUCUCGCAGUACUUUAUCAUGCUCUGGGUGCCGCCGUUCCUCAACUGGCACCGCGAGUCGCUCCCGCCGUGGACGUGGUGCACGCCCGCGUACGAGUACUUUUUUGCGUUGCACUACCAGCACCGGUGGGCACUCUUCUGCGACUACCUCGUGCUCCUCGUGACGUUUAUGAUCCCGGCCGCCAAGCCCUACUACCUCGCCAAGCACGGCAAGAACCUCGGCGACACGCCGCGCCAAGACAUCUCGCUUCUUGAGCCGGCCGAGGCCAAGGGCGAUGAGGAUUAUACGCCAAUUGUCGUACAGCCUGGCUACGACGUCGACGACUUCACGGUCACAAACGCCGCCAACACGACGCUGUGGCAGCUGUGCCUCUUUGUCGUGAUGAACUUUUGGAUCUUUGCGCUGCUGAUCGUCGUUUUCAUCACGGGCUGCGUCCGGUCUGGGAUUGCGUCCGGUAUCUACCUCGGCUUCUCGAUCUACAUGCUGCUGCACGUCCAGCGCGUCGGAUCGCCCGGUGACAAGCUCCUGCGCUGGUUGCGCGACUUUACGUGGUUCUACAUGUUUGCGAGCAUUCUCUUUCAGUUGCCGUUCUUUACGGACAAGACGGUCACGUGCGCCCUUGGCACCAACGACCCGCAAGAUGGCGUGUGCCUCAGCAUCCCGUCCAUCUUCGACUUGAACAAGUACCCUGUGUCGUACCCGGGCGCACCGCCGUACUUUGCGUCGCUGCCCGUGCUCUCGGUCGUCAUUUUCUGGAUGAUCAACAUCCAAGAGCUCAUUUUUCAGUCGCCGCUCUACGCGUACAUCCACGCGCACACACAGCGCGAGGAAGAUUUGAGCGACCUCCGCCGCAGCCGCCUCACGGACGCGAUUCUCAAGGAGCGGCUCGUGCGCUGGACGGCGCUCAAGCAGGACAAGGCUGCGGCCAUCGUGCGUCUCAAGUCGAUCGUAUCCCGGCUCGUCAACAAGGUCGAGGAGAUGAUGGACAUUGCGAUGGGACUCAACUACAGCCUGCCACCGAGCGCGCCAGAGAAGCCGUUUGUGCAACCCGACGAAGCGACGCAGAACUCGAUCACGCUGCACUGGAAAGCCCCGGAAGCGCCCAUCCACCGCAUCCGAGCGUACAAGGUCACGCGGCAGAUGUACCCAACGUCGACGCUUUUGGGUGACUACUCGGACCCGAUCGAGGUCGCCGCGAGUGCCGGAACGAGCCUUGUGGUCGAGGGCCUCCGGCCCGGUGCUGCGUACCAGUUCAAGGUCGCCGCCAUCAGUCGCAUGGGCGAAGGGCCGUUUAGCGCACCGAGCGAGCCGGCGCGGACGAUCUCACUCAACUGGGGCGGGUUGUGCCUCGCAGGCUGGGUGCACUAUACAAAAGCAGCGCUGCCAAAGCGCUGGUACGCCUCGUUGUGGUCGCCCAAGCCUAUCGUGCGCUACAUCGUUGUCGACACGCACGCCUUUGUGUGGUACAAGAGCGAGAACGUGGCGCUCAAGCACCGGAGCACGAAGAAGCGCAAGCGCAUGAAGACGUCGUUUCUAAUGCGCAACGUGCUCUCGAUGGACCUCUCGGAGGAGCCGAUUCGCCUCGACGACAACUCGAGCCCGAUCCACACGCUCGACGUCGUCGCGACGCUGCGCAACUCGAACGCGCAAGUCCAGUACAGCUUUCACCUUGAGCGCGCCGACGAUUUCGACAAGUGGGCCGCGGCGCUCGGACAAAUGCUGCCGCGCGACGUGCUCAGCGACCGCUUCCUUGCGUAUUUGGAGCUCCACGGACUCCCGAUGCCGUUGGAGGCCGACGAGAACGACGAAGACGAGGUCGAAGACGGCGCCAAGAACGCUGGCGGAAGCGAGUGGAGCAGUGUCACGGGCGACGAGAGCUGGCUCGGGGACGCCGAGGACGAAGAAAUGGCCAAGCGCCCGACGUAUGGCUGGAUCUGGCUCAAGAUCUACCAAGCCCUCUACAACGCCCAAGACGCGGCGCUGCGACAGGAGCACCAGUUGUACGAGGAUGACGACGAGAUUCUCCCGUCGUUCCUCGAGACGCUCUUCGUGCUCAUCAACGCGAUCCGAAGCCACUCGCGGGACAUUUGCUGCCUCACGUUCAUGUGCAGCUUCAUGUUCCAGGGCGACUUGCUCAAUGCGUUCUACGUGCUCGCAACCUUUGGCUUUGUUCUGCUCGAGAACCCGCGGCCGCACUCUGGCGCGUGGCACUUCUUCCUCGUUUACUCGUUUGUCGUCGUCUCGCUGCGCUACUCUUUCCAGCUGCCCUUCUUUUGCCAGCAGUUUACAAAGAAGAACGUCUUGUACCCGAGCAUCCAGCCGUUCUGCCCCACGGAUCUGAGUGUCUUUACGAGCGGCCAGCUCAACCCGAUCCAGCCCAUGGUCAUCUUUGGCUUGUACAAAUUUGACGGCACGGCGAAUCCGCACGUCGAUACGAUGCUCCGCGGCGUCGCGUGGAACUUCAUCGUGAUUCUCGCGAUCCUUUUCCAUCGCCGCGAGCUCCAGCUGCGCGGCAUGUGGUACGCAGGCGUGUCGAGCGAUGCGGCGGACGACAAGAACCCGCAGCAAUCGAUCAUGGGCCGGCAGUCGACGCGUAUGUCGACGCGCCGCGGCAGCAACCUCUCGGUCGACUCGCUCGACCUGGACGAUUACGAGGUCGCCGACUUUCUCGCGCGGCACGAACAAGCCAAACGCGCGACCGAGCCGACCGAGCUGCCGCGCCGCCGCGUCCUGCCCAAGUCGCAGCGCGUCGCGUUCCAAGACAGCGAUUCGCCGCGGUCGCUCGACGCAGAGCUCGAUGCGACCGCCGACGAGGUGAACGACGCGUCGCCACCGCUCGCACCGACGUCGCCGCAACAUGCACAGCAGUUGGUGGUGGCGCCGCUUCCGAGCGCGUUGGCGCCCGAGCCCGAGCACCGCAGCCUCGUCAAGAAGAACAAGGCGCUCGAGUGGUGCAAAGCGCACGUUCCGAGCGGCGUGGUGCAGUUUUGCCGGCGCGUCAUUUCGCCUGCGCCCGAGCACUGGGACCGGAAUAUCAACAAGGCGAUCACGGGUGUCAAGCCGGGUCGCGACUACUAUCUGCUGCUGCUCUUCCUCCCGCUUGUCUCGAUUGUCUACGUCAUCUUGCUCUUCCAGUACUUUGGCGAGCCCAACACGAGCAGCGACAGCUUCUCGCUGCAGCUCAGCGACUCGAUGCUCAACGGGUACAUGGUGCUGAUUGUGUUUUGCGAGCUCGUCGUGAUGAUUUGGGACCGCGCCGCGUACGUCUAUGGCUCGAUGAUCUCCAAGAUGGUGCUGCACUUCGUCUUCCUGCUCGCUGUCCAUAUCGGGCUCUGGAUUCUGCUCCCCAUGUACUCGCAGUCGUACUUCCAGACGCGACUCGGGCUCCAAGGCCUCUACUUGCUCCAGUGCUUUUACCUCUGGACGUCGGCGCAGCAGCUCAAGUACGGGUACCUCGUCUUCCGCGGGCACCACUUUGUGAAAAAGCCGGGCGCGGACGUGACGGUGUCGAUGCUCGUGAUUGAAAAGUGCUUCAAGAUCUACUACGCCGUGCCGUUUGCGUUUGAGAUCCGGUGCCUCCUCGACUGGAUCUGCUCGACGACAGCGCUCGACAUGGAAAUGUGGUUCCUCCUCGAAGAAAUUGCAGCCGAAAUGUACCUCGUGCGCCAAGAAAUGAACGGCCGCAUCGACAAUGCCGACUUUCUCCAAGGCAACAAGCGCCAGCCGCUCUUCUUCAAGCUCCUCAAAGGCGGCAUCCUCCUCCUCUUGUUGCUCGUCUGCGUCAUCGGACCGCUCGCCAUCUUCUCGACAGCCAACCCGUCGACGUCUGCGAAUCCGAUCACGGCGACAACAGUCUCGUUUGGCCUCCAGCAGCUCGACGGGACGGUCCAGCAGCUGUAUGCGAGCGGGGACACCAACAGCCCUGCGUACGCGGGCCUUCAGAUCACAUCGACUGACACGGCGACGCAGAAGAUCGCGUUCGCCUCCUACUCGCAAAACAUUUGGACAAGCACGCCGCCGAUGCGUCGGAACCUCGUCGCCCAAAUCAACUCGACCGAGCCGAUCAAGUGGCUCCUGAGCUUGACGUUUACGCGGUCGGGCCCAGACGGCAAGCAGACCGUAUCGUUGACGUUUGACCAGAUGAUGACGCCGGCGCAUCGAACGCAGUUCAUCUCGGUGCUGCUUGCCGACGGCUCGACCGCCGACCCGGUGAAAGGCAAUUCGUCGUCCAACGUCACGGGGCUCUCGCCGCACUCUGGCGCCUCGAUUGCAGUCGACGCUGACACGAUCACGGCGCCACCGAUCGUCAUCGCGCAGUUUUACACGCCCGUGCUCAAGGUCGGCGCCACGAGCGACCCGGUCGCGCGCGGUAGCUUUGUUAAGCGGUCGAUCUUGCUCCAGCGCAACUCAGAGGACGGCGUGAGUUGGUGGGCUGUCUCGUCGCCCGACGACGUUGCGUACGGCUCGCUCGACGUCGGUGACGCGGCGCGCGUGUCGUGUGCGGACCCGCUCUCGCCCAUGAAGGAUGGUCUCUGCCUCGUGACGGUCUCGGACAACAUUGUCAAUGGACUCACGAGCCUCGGGAUCGGCACGUAUGGCAUUACGGCCGCGUACAUUUUCGUCAUCUUUACCAUCGGCGGCUUUGUCAAGAACGCGUUUCGUGGCGAGCUCUACAAGGUGCUCUACAAGGAGCUGCCCAACCCCAACGAACUCCUCGAGCUCGUCGAGGGCGUCUACAUUGCGCGCAAGGAAGACUACCUCGGUCAUCUCAAGGACGAAGGCCGGUUGUACGAGACGCUCAUUCGCGUACUUCGGUCGCCCGAGACGCUGCUCAAGGUCACGGGACCGAACGUGAUCCACAUUCCUGUGCCCAAGGACAAGAUUGACUAGCCUGUAUACCUUUUCUGCAUAUAAAUAGAGAUCGAUUGACUGUCGGGUGU